AUGACAACCACAGGCUCUGAAAAAGGUCAACGUUUAGCCAGAGCAACUUACCCUACCUUUUAUAGAAACCGUUUACCCACCCUACAAGAAGUUCUCACAAGAAAAACAGCACCACCGGUAUGCUUAUAUAAUUAUUAUCUUUAUAUGAGAGAUAGAGAACAUGCCUCGGAAUAUUUAGAUUUCUACCUUGAUGUUUUGGAACAUGAAAUAGUAUGUAAAGCUUAUGUAAAAGAUAUAAAAAAACAUGGAAUGGAUGUAAACACCAUAUAUCCUGAUUAUGAAAAAUAUCAACCAGACAGUUUGAAAAAAAAAGAAAAAGAUAAAAGAUUUAGUACAACAAGUAGUGAUGUUAUUGGUAUAAAAAGGAAUUUAAGUGGCUCAUCCAAGGUUUCCAUUGAUAUUCCACCAAACGAAAAACAAACGACAACAACAAAUGAUGCAAAACUUAAAAUGAGAGAUUCUAUCCGUUCAAAUAAAACAAAUACUACUGGAAAUUUUUCAAUUCUUAGUAGGGAUAGGCCAUUCACAAGAGACGAUUUACGAGAUUCAGCAGAACGAAUAUUCUUUAAGUAUAUUAAUCAAGGUUCAGAAAAACAACUAAUGGUUCUGUCUGAUCAUGUAAGAGAAAAAAUAACACAUGCAAUAGAUGAAGAAUCGGACACUAAAUAUAAAAGAGAUGAUCCUUGGAUAUUUCAUGAAGCAAAAAAAGAAAUAUAUUCAUACAUGGAACGAGAGCAUUUUCCUAGAUUUUUACAAGCAAGAGCGUUUAGUAAUAUGAACAUUACACAUAUAAUGUUAAGAUUAGUAAUAGGUCUUGUGUGUCUGUUGAUUGGAUUCGCUGUAGCAUUAAGUUUAAUUUUCUUGGAUAUAAAGCCAAAUGCUGUUCGAUUAUGGAGUUUUAUACCUAUAUUUUUAGGAGUAUUAAAUAUCAUUGUUAAUCAAACAGAACUUAGUCCUCUUUUUGUAUUAUUAAAAAUAAGAACAAUGUAUGAUGGUUUAUUACAAAUUGGCUCACAAAUAUUAUUUUUUGCAUUUGGCUGGGUAUUCCUCGUGAAAAAACUAUUCAAAGAUUAUGAGUCUUCGACAGAUCGACAUGAUGUUCAAUUUGUUCAAGCAAUAUUUUCACUUACAUUCAUUUGUUGGUCAUUACACUUUUACGGAUUUUGGAAAGUGGGAGAUUUCUUUCCAAUUGAAAAAACCAUAAAUGUUCUAGAAAAUGAUACAUCUGAAUAUAAUUCGGGUGAUCCUUUUAUACAAUUUGGAAUGAGUCGUGUUGGUGUAUUAGGUGUUACUAUUAUGGCUAUAUUAUCAGGUUUUGGUGCCGUUAAUAGUCCAUACGUCACUUUAUUUUUCUUCUUGAGACAAGUAACAGAUUCUGAUAUUCAAAUGGCAGAAAAAAAAUACCUUCAAACUUUAGAUAUAAUUAUGAGUAAAAAGAAACGUAUUUUAAUAGCACAAAAAAGACAAAGAAAUGUCAAUGAACAAAGUUCAAAGGUUGGAGGAUUCAUGAGAAAAAUGUUUAAUACAGUUGCCAGUAAUAUCGGGAUGGGUGGUGAGAGUAUUAUCUUAAGACAAGAAAUUACUGUACUUGAAAAUUUAAGCCAUCAAUUGUUUUUGGAUAUUGAUGAUUUAUAUCAAGAAAGAGAUCGUCUUCAAUAUUCAAAAACUUGGCAAGGGAAAUAUUUUAAUUAUAUGGGAUACAUAUUCUCAGUAUAUUGUAUUUAUAAAAUCGUUAUGGCAACUGUGAAUAUAAUUUUUUUUAGAAUAGGAAAAACAGAUCCAAUUACUUAUGGACUAACAUUAGCAAUGCAAUAUUUUAAUAUAAGACAUAUAGAUCUUGAUUUCUGGUCACAACAAUUAAGUUUUUUAUUUGUAGGACUUAUGAUAAUAUUUUCUAUUCGUGGACUAUUGAUUCAAUUAUUAAAGUUCGGUGCUAAUGAUGAGAAUGUCGUUACCAGAAAUCUACCGGAAUAUAAUUUCAUAUGUGGUGGGGGUGGGUUAACGUCAUUAUCAUCUAUAAAUGAUUAUUCAAACAAUGCCAACAGUGUUGAUGUAAACGGAAUCGGUGGAGUUGGAGGGAUUAGUUCUUUAAAUUCAAUUAUUAAUAGAAGAAAAAUGGGUGGAGAAUGGUAUCAUGUUAAUACAAGUGGAAUUAAUACAAGUGGAAUUACUAACGAGGUUCCCAUAGAACAAAAAUCAAUUUGGUGUCAACAACAAAAAGCACAAUGUGGAUUGAUUUGUGAAAGCAGUACGCCUAAAGGUAUUCGUACGAAUACUUGUGAACCGCGGGCACUUGUUUUCAGUUGUGUUUGUAACGAUGGAAAACCACCAGAUCCUACAAAGAAAUGUAAGACAGCUUGUGGGCCAGCUAAUCAAAAGUGUACAGAUGGAUGCGAUAUGCAUUGUGCGGCAAAUGUUACCACAACUGCUGAAGUUCAACCUUCAACCACUGGUAACAAAGAUCCUACAGCUAGUCCAACUUCAACGCAAGUCAGUUUUAGCAGUGCAAACGAGCCUUUUAUGAUUAGUGUACAACAUUAUAUAAUAACUACAAUACUUUUAAUUAUGUUAUUUCUCAAAUCCUUUUAA